AGGCGACCACGCAGUCGUUGCUGCUGAGCACGGCCGAGGCGCUGCUGCUCGUCGUGCCCAACGCGACGGACCACGACCACGAUCACGACCACGAUCACGACCAUGAUCACGACCACGACCACGGGACGGACGCGCCGACGACGGCCGUCCCCCUCGCGGCCGCCGGGGAUCUCAUCGUGGCGAAGGUGGUGGCCAUGCUGGUGCUCGGGAUAGUGAGCUUCGCCCUGGGAACGUUGCCCGUCAAGCUGGCCAAGUGGCUGCACUGGCCCAAGAACACGGAGAACGGCAAAAUCGGGCCGCACCAGCUCGUCAUCUCGCUGCUGCUGUGCUUCGGCGGCGGCGUGCUGCUCUACACCACGUUCCUGCACCUGCAGCCGGAGGUGCGCGAGGGCUUCCAACUGCUGCAGAGCAGCGGCGACAUCCCCGACCUGAAGCACGGCAUCCACCUGGCCGAGCUGGUGUUCUGCGCGGGCUUCUUCUUCGUGUACCUCGUGGAGGAGCUAGUGCACGCGGUGCUGGACCGGCGGCCGGUGGAGCGCGCCGACGAGGCGGUGCUGCACCGCACCAUGAGCCUGCGG